AUGUAGCAAAUCAACUAGAUAACAGAUCAUCUCUAAUUGAUCCAACAAGGCAACAAUUCCUACAUCCACCGUCGAGUAGGCCCAUCAGAGACUGUCGUCAUUAAAUCGGUGUUUCAUGGGCAACUUUUCAUUGAAGAUGAGAACACCUGCAACUCUGUUCAUUAACGAGAAUGCCAAGAUCUACAGAAUGAAUGGAAAAUAUUGAGUUAACUCAAUCAUCCAAACAUCAUUAAACCCUAAUAAUUCAUCCCUCAUCAUCAAUUGGAUCCUGCAGGAGGGAACCUAUAGUGUUGCAGUUUAUUCCUUGAAAAUGCCACCUGUGAUCUGCAUACUCUUUGUAAAACUAAUGAAACAUCACUCAAAAUUAUAAUCAAGUACUUCACUUAAAUUUCUAUUGCUCUUGAAUAUUUACAUUCCCAGUAUAUAGCACACAACGAUAUCAAACUUGAAAACAUGCUCGUCUUUAACAGAAAUUGCAUCAAAUUAGCAGACUUUGGUUUCAGCUACAGACCUUCAUUUGAAGAUCUCCUUUCAAAAUGGCUACCCAGAACUCUCACUCCCUAUUCGAGUCCAGAGAUUGUUAAUUUUAGACUCAACCUAGAUGAACGUGAAUUCCAAGAAUUUUGCUUGUUUAGUGCAGAUGUUUAUGCCUUAACAACAGCAUUAUUUUUAGCAAUUUACAAACGACCACCAAUUAUGGGAUAGGUUCCUACAAAAGAGGAUUAAUAUUAUUAAUUAUUAAUCAACUAGCCAGAUCUAUUUUGGAAACUAGAUUUUAUCUAGAAUGUGGAUUAGUAAUUAAUAAGAGAAAAUACUCCAAAGUAAUUACUCGAAAAUUUAAAAGACUUGAUAGAGGGAGGACUAGCAGAAGAAUAUAACAGAAUUACGGCUACAGAAUUUGUUAAUCACGAGUUCUUUAAAUAUGCUUAAUAAAUUCAGGGUAACUAAUUUUGA